AUGGAGGCUUCCGAGUCUAUGCCGGACCAGAACAAGGAAGAAGGCUCGCAGCUGAAUGAAGUCCCUCCCCAGAGCGAUGAAGCUGUUCCACCGCCUACGUCCGACCCCAAACCUUCUCUGCAGGAGCCGACCCCAAAGGACGCCUUGGCGACCGAGCCAUUUCAAACCGUAUUGGAGGCGCUCGCACAUCUCGAACGUGACGAUCCGAAACUCGCUUUUCAAGCCGCUCGACUUGUGGGGCUCUAUCGCCGUCUCUGGGAGUCAUGUGUGUCUAAGCAUCUCGACUGCGAGAAAAUAAAUGAAGCCAAUCAAGUUUUGAGGGAGGCUAGCGUGCCCUUGAGUAACGAGAGGGACAGCCUUCAACUUCGCCACGCCGAGCAGUCAUCUCGACUGCGUUUCUUUGACCAGGCUUUACAAUCGUCUCGAGAGCGACUGACUGGCAUCCUCAAUGACUGGAACCAGCUCUUGAGAGGCAAUCUGGCCGAUUUGGUGGAUGCCGACCGACGCGAGUGA